GGUCGAAAUUCAAAUUCAGCGGCUGAAACGGCAAAAGAAGUGGAGAAUGGGAUACGAAGUCGGUUCACGCCGCCACCAAGAAGGAAGUCAAGUUUCGCAGAUGACUGUUUUUGUGCUUUGAAAUUUGAAUCGGAUGAUGAAGAUCUGUGUGGGCCAAAUUUACAGGAAAACUUUAAGGAUACAGUGGUUUCCACAAAUGUAGAAUCGUCGCAGGCACAUAGCUUUAAAAGGAAAAGUGUGACGAGGAGUAUCACGGAAAAGAAGAGUGGCAGUGAAGCCGAAAGUGAUGUUGACUUAGAUGCGACAAUAUUUGAUUUCUAG